CUUUCUACUAUAAAUAACAGACCUAUGAUCCCUAAAAAAUACCAUUAAAAACAAAAAGAAGAGUGAAAGAAAUGUGAAAUAUAUACUCCUCUCUCACAACAAAUGCGUAGUAGUAGAUUAUUUUCCAAAGAGCCUGAUUUGGGAACUCAUUAGGCUUAGAUUUUUGGGUGUUGGCCUUGUGGUCUGAUUCUUCAGUUCUGCAAAUCUGAGCAUAACAUUUUGUGUUAUUCCAGAAGAAAAAAUGUCCUACUUGUUGCCCCAUCUUCACUCUGGUUGGGCGGUUGAUCAAGCCAUCCUCGCAGAGGAGGAGCGCCUCGUCCUUAUCCGCUUCGGUCACGACUGGGAUGAGACCUGUAUGCAGAUGGAUGAAGUAUUGGCUUCAGUUGCGGAGACGAUAAAGAACUUUGCUGUCAUAUACCUAGUGGACAUCACCGAAGUACCUGACUUCAACACAAUGUAUGAAUUGUACGACCCCUCAACGGUGAUGUUCUUCUUUAGGAACAAACACAUCAUGAUCGAUCUCGGCACCGGGAACAACAACAAGAUCAAUUGGGCACUGAAGGACAAACAAGAGUUCAUUGACAUUGUGGAGACCGUUUACCGUGGUGCAAGAAAGGGCCGUGGUCUCGUCAUUGCCCCAAAAGAUUACUCUACCAAGUACCGCUACUGAGUGCUUGCCAUUUGUCGCUUACAAACAUGGGCUUGUUGUUUCUCUCAUUGCUCUGUUCAGAGAGAGGUAUGGUGUCAAAAGGUUGGUAUGAAUAUAGAUUGGUUUAUCCUUAUGAAUAAUGAGAUGAUGAAUUAUGGUGUUGUUGCUUGUUGUAUUGUAACUGUAUUAUUAGUCACAUCUGUUUAUCAAUUGUGGAUGAUGCCAAAAACCUUGUGCCCUUUGUCUGGUUUGAUUCUUUAAUUGGUAUCUUAUCAAUAAUCAUGAUUCAUGAAU